ACUACCACAUACGCCACACGACUUGUAUUUGGGUGAAUCAGUUUGUUUCAAGCGGUAGCGAUAUGACUUAGUAGUGGGGAACUAUCUGAUUUAGAUAAGUGCUGAACUUACAGCGUCAACUAAUUCUUAGUUAUAAACAUAUAAAUAGUAAUAUGAGGACAGUAAGGUACAAGCGGACGGUCAAAUAUACGAAAGAAUAAGGUUUUUUUAUAGAAACGAGAUAAAAUAAUCGAUAUCAAAAAAUUAUAUAGCAUUAUAAGACAAUAUAUCCGAAUACAGGAGAAUGAGAGCGGGUUUCAGAAACAUAAAAAAGACAUUGUUUCUUCAAUUGAUAGUAAUUAUGACUUUAACUAGUUCUGUCUAUGCGGAAGGAAUCUUAGCUACUAAAGGUCGAGAAAAUAAUAUAUUGCAGUGGAUCAAGUGGGUUUUGCUAGACGCUGACACAUCCAACUUGAGAGCGGGAAUAGUAUCAUUGUACAUCGGCACUUCCUUCAUUGAAAAUGAAUGUAAUAGAAACGAACAAGGUAAAAUAAUAAACGAGGAAGGGUGUUUGAUCAACCUGGUUGUAGGGUGUAUUUUUAGUGUUUACGCAAUUUAUAGAUUGGGAGAUGGAUUUUUCAAUCAUGAAGUUACUCAACUUAUGCAAUUUGAAGGGAGUAAUAGUUCGAAAAGCGCAAUGAACUCGUCGAGACUUCCUAUCAAGAGCCAGUAUCGAGUAAGAGAGGUCCUUAGGAAAUUUACACUAUACCUCAGCUCGACCUGGAGUAUGGAGAUUUAUUGUAUAAUUAUACUGAUGACUGAAAUGACUGUUCGACUGUUUAUAUGGAAGGCGAAAACAAUACCCGCUAUGUUAGGCUAGUGUCUAGGCUUAAGUUGUAUAUAAUAUGUAUAGACAAGAUACUGAUAACAAAUAGAUAACAUUUAUUAUCGAACAUGGGAUAGAAGUUUAGAGGUUUGGGGUUUCUUCGCAGACGUGUGGAAAAUGUUAUGAAAACCCUGUCUUACAAAAUAGCUGAAUAUGUA